AUGGCGGGUUUAAGGCAAAUCAUCUUUAUACUUGUGAUAUUUACAUUCAGAACGAGUAAUGGACAAACAGAAGUUUAUGUUCAAAAUACAACGACUAUAUCACCUUUGAUCAAUAUGCCACCGUGUUCUCCAAACGCGACCGGUCACAUGGAUUUCAUCAGUACGGUAGACCUCAUAGCUGUGUAUCAGCUAGAUCAGCCGAACACUAAAGGUAUCACGAGGGUACAAGGCUCACAAAGUCUGCAGAAAGCCUACAGGAUAGGAAAAGACGCGAAUUUGACGAGGCCUUUACCUGAAGUUUUCCCAGCUGGCCUGCCUCUUCACUUUAAUGUCAUCGGUACGUUUAAUGCCCGUGGCCAUCGACGACCCUGGAGUUUGAUCAAAGCCAGGUCCAAAAGAUUACUGUUUUCGUUAACCUUGUUGCCAGUUACGAAGAAAAUAGCUGUCUUCUAUAGAGGAUCUAGAGUGGUGUUUAGCAGUUUAGAGAUAUUCACUCCAGGUUGGCACAAGAUUCACGCGGCGAUUGUAAAUGAAACGGUUCAUAUUGCUGUCGACUGUGUUGAGCUGAAACCUGCAAAAAUUGCUGUCCAGGACUUCAUGAACGCUACUUCUGUCACUAUAGUAUCAAAUGACGAUGGCACUCCGGCACCGAUAGAUCUUCAGUGGCUGUCUUUAAGCUGUAACAAAUACAAUCUGACUAGAAACAGCUGUGAUGAAAUUGAUCAACUUUCGGUGGUCACUACUACAGAGACAAUCACGCAGCCACCUGAGUCGCUGAUAGCAAAAGAUACGCCAACGAUCGAAAACACAACUCAAGUCCUUGUACCAGUUGUGGGUCCCCAAGGUCCAGGAGGGCCAAAAGGAGAGCAGGGGUUCAGAGGACUACCGGGGAUACGUGGUACGAAAGGUGAUCCCGGGGAAAAAGGUGACAAGGGAGAGCGUGGACCUCCAGGUGCUGUUGUCAAUGAUACUAAAAUCGGUUUACCCGGCAAUAAAGGAGAGCGUGGACCAAAAGGUGACAAAGGAGAUACUGGACUUGAAGGCAGUCCUGGACUGCCAGGCAUAGUUGGGCUUGCUGGAACGCCAGGUUUUGAUGGCAAAGAUGGCAGGCCGGGCCCACCAGGACCUGUGGGGCCUCCGGGUGAGAUUGGACUCCCCGGUCGUCCUGGACUACCAGGUCCUCGGGCAAAUAUAAACGCGUCGCUAAUUCAAGGUGCGAAAGGCGACAAGGGUUCUCCAGGUCGUCCUGGCAGGGAUGGUCAACCUGGUCCUCGGGGGACUGAUGGUCUUAAUGGUGUUAUGGGACCACCUGGUGUCCCGGGGUCAACAGGAACGCCAGGGUUACCAGGAGACCGGGGCCUACCUGGUGCACCUGGACCUACAGGAGAGCGAGGAUUUGAAGGACCACAGGGUCCAGUAGGUCCAUCUGGCCAGCCAGGACCACCGGGCCUUCCAGGAACUUCUGCUGCACAUGUCCCUUAUCCAUCGGAUCCACAACCAGGACCACCAGGUCCAAUGGGACCAGCGGGACAGAAAGGUGAACCCGGUAUUCCAGGAUAUCCUGGCAAGGAUGGGUUUAACGGUGUUCCAGGAGCACCAGGAGCACAAGGGCCACCUGGUCUUCCUGCACCACAUAGUGUCUUACAGGUACCGACGAUGUCUGAAAACGAAGUAAGGAAUAUAUGUGAAGAUAUUAUCAAAGAUCGACUGCAUACGCUAGUAGCAAAUCUUGUGUUGCCAACGCAGAAUUCUGUUGGUAAACGUGGACAUCCAGGUCGACCAGGGCCUCCAGGGCCACCAGGUAGUCAAGGCGAUCCAGGGGACCAAGGCCCACGAGGCUAUUCAGGUGAGACGGGUCAACCAGGGCAGACUGGCAGUCAAGGUAUCGCUGGUCCGAAAGGAGACAAGGGUGACAGAGGCUCUGAAGGCAUCGGUGUUCCUGGACCAGAGGGGCCUAGAGGAACUAUUGGUCCUAUUGGACCUCCUGGCCACCCAGGUAGAACAGGAGACAGAGGAGACCCAGGUAGAGAAGGACCGAUAGGGCCCCGCGGUUUCCCUGGCCCUCGAGGCACGUGUGAUUGCCCUGUUGCUUCGUACUACGCGUACACGCCGCAAGGAAACAACAAGGGACCCUGA